AUGGCUUUGCUUAAAAGAGGUGGCCGUGCAAAGAUCCAGCAGUCUACAACUCAUAAGAAAAAUGGUAAUCAAAUCAAGAAAGCUACUUUUGAUUCAACUAAGAAAAAAGAAGUAGGUGUUUCUGAUUUGACUUUACUGUCGACGAUUUCUGAUGAAGCAAUUAAUGACAAUUUGAAAAAAAGAUUCUUGAACGGUACAAUCUACACAUACAUUGGUUAUGUUUUAAUCAGUGUCAAUCCCUUCCGUGAUCUUGGGAUAUACACUGAUGCUGUUUUACAAUCUUACAAGGGGAAAAACAGAUUAGAGGCACCACCUCAUGUUUUUGCUAUCGCUGAAUCAAUGUAUUAUAAUAUGAAAUCUUACAAUGAAAAUCAAUGUGUAAUUAUUUCCGGUGAAUCAGGUGCCGGGAAAACUGAAGCUGCCAAGAGGAUCAUGCAAUAUAUUGCUGCCUCUUCCAGUUCCAAUUCAGAAUCAAUUACCAAGAUUAAAGAUAUUGUCUUGGCAACAAAUCCUUUAUUGGAAUCCUUUGGUUGUGCCAAGACUCUAAGAAAUAAUAAUUCUUCAAGACACGGAAAAUAUUUAGAAAUCAAGUUUAAUUCUCAAUUUGAACCUUGUGCUGGUAACAUUACAAAUUAUUUAUUAGAAAAACAAAGAGUAGUUAGUCAAAUUAAAAAUGAAAGAAAUUUCCAUAUCUUUUAUCAAUUUACUAAAGCAGCUCCAGAAUCUUAUAGACAAGCCUUUGGGAUUCAAACUCCAGAUCGAUAUAUUUAUACUUCAGCUUCUGGCUGUAUAUCAGUGGAUACGAUUGAUGAUGUUAAAGAUUUCCAAGACACUUUAAAGGCAAUGCAAGUAAUUGGGUUAAGCCAAGAUGAACAAGAUCAAAUCUUUAGAAUGUUAUCUGCUAUAUUGUGGAUCGGUAACAUUACUUUUGUAGAAAAUGAUGAAGGAAAUGCUCAAGUAGCCGAUUCAUCAGUUACUGAUUUCGUUGCUUAUUUAUUACAAGUUGAUGCAGGCGUCUUGGUUAAAUCCUUGGUGGAAAGAAUUAUGGAAACAAAUCAUGGUAUGAAAAGAGGUUCAGUUUACCAUGUUCCUCUUAACAGAGUGCAAGCUACUGCAGUUAGAGAUGCUUUAGCUAAAGCCAUUUAUAAUAAUUUGUUUGAUUGGAUUGUCGAUAGAGUUAACCUUUCUUUACAAGCUUACCCAGGUGCCGAUAAAUCUAUUGGUAUCUUAGAUAUUUAUGGGUUCGAAAUUUUUGAACAUAAUUCUUUUGAACAAUUAUGUAUUAAUUAUGUUAAUGAAAAAUUACAACAAAUUUUUAUUCAAUUAACUUUAAAAUCAGAACAAGAAACUUACGCAAGAGAACAAAUCGCUUGGACUCCAAUUAAAUAUUUCGAUAAUAAAGUUGUAUGUGACUUGAUUGAAUCUAAGAGACCCGCAGGUAUUUUUGCAGCUAUGAAUGAUUCAGUUGCUACUGCACAUGCUGAUUCAAAUGCAGCAGAUUCUGCUUUUUCACAACGUUUGAAUUUAUUUACAACAAACCCACAUUUUGAAUUAAGAUCAUCUAAAUUUGUUAUUAAACAUUAUGCUGGUGAUGUCAUGUAUGACGUUAAUGGUAUUACUGAUAAAAAUAAAGAUCAAUUACAAAAAGAUUUAUCUGAGUUAUUGGGAACAUCAACGAAUCAAUUCGUCUCUACAAUUUUCCCAAAUGAAGUUGAUAAAGAAUCAAAAAGAAGACCACCAACUGCGGGUGAUAAGAUUAUUAAAAGUGCUAAUGAGCUGGUAGAAACAUUGUCUAAAGCUUCUCCUUCAUAUAUUAGAACCAUUAAACCUAACCAAACAAAAGUCCCAACAGAUUAUGAUGAUAACCAAGUUUUGCAUCAAGUAAAAUAUUUAGGUUUGAAAGAAAAUGUUCGUAUUAGAAGAGCUGGGUUUGCUUAUAGACAAACAUUUGAUAAGUUUGUAGAAAGAUUCUAUUUAUUAUCACCAGCAUGUUCUUAUGCGGGUGACUAUACUUUCCAAGGUGAACCUUAUGAUGCUAUUAAAUAUAUUCUAAGAGAUGCUUCGAUUCCACAACAAGAAUACCAAUUAGGUACAACUUCAGUGUUUAUUAAAAAUCCAGAAACCUUAUUUGCAUUAGAAAAUAUGAGAGAUAAAUAUUGGUAUAAUAUGGCAGCAAGAAUUCAACGUGCUUGGAGAAGAUUUAACGUUAGAAGAGUGGAUGCUGCGUCAAGAAUUCAACGUGCUAUUAGAGAAAGAAAAGGUGGUAACAACUUCGAACAAUUACGUGAUUUUGGUAAUACAUUAGUAGUCAACAAAAAAGAAAGAAGAUCAAUGUCAUUAUUAGGAUCAAGAGCAUUUCUUGGUGAUUAUUUAUCAAUGAAUGAACAAAAAUCAAAUGGUGCUUAUAUCAAGAGACAAGUUAGUAUUAAAGAUAAAGUGAUCUUCUCAAUUCAUGGUGAAGCCUUACAAACCAAGUUUGGUAGAUCUGCUAGAAGAUUGAAAAAGACCUUCAUUUUAACGCCUACUGCUUUCUAUGUUGUUGGACAAGCUUUAGUUCAAAAUUCUAUGACAUAUCAAACCGAUUUUAGAAUCCCUAUUUCUUCCAUCCACUCUAUCAGUAUGUCAAAAUUACAAGAUGAUUGGCUGGCAAUUAAUAUUAACGACCCAUCUCAACCGGACCCAUUUAUUAAUACAUAUUUCAAAACUGAAUUAAUCACUCAUUUGAAACAAUUAAACCCAAAAAUUAAUAUCAAAAUUGGCCCAACAAUUGAAUAUUGCAAGAAACCAAAAAAAAUUCAUGUUGUUAAAGCACAAUAUAGUGAAUCUGCUCCAAAAUAUAGUGAUACAUAUAAAUCAAGCACAAUCUCAGUACGCCAAGGUAACCCACCAAAUUCUAAGCAACAUGAAAAACCUGAUAAAAAGAGAAGUACUAUCACUCCAAGACAUAAUCAACGUCCACAAACUCAUCAACCACAAUAUCAAAAGCCGACUGUUUCUCGUAAUAACGCUCAACCUCAAAUAAAUAACAAUUCAUCUAUUCCAGCACCUAGACCAAAAGCUGUAAAGAAAGCUGCUCCUCCUCCUCCUGGAUCGCAAAGAAUUCAGCAACAACAAUCACAGCCAAACCCAACUCCAAAACCUAAGCCCCAUGUCUCUCCGCGCAAAGCAGUUCAACCACCUUUAGCUCGUAAAACAACUCAUAAAGCACCUCCGCCACCACCCCCUGUUGCACAACCUGUAUUCCCUAAGUAUGAGGCCGCUUACGAUUUUCCUGGUUCUGGUGCUCCAUCAGAAUUACCUGUUAAAAAAGGUGAUGUUAUUUAUAUUACGAAGGAGGAACCAAGUGGCUGGUCUUUGGGUAAGACACUUGAUGGUUCAAAAGAAGGCUGGGUUCCAACAGCAUAUAUUACUCCUUAUUAUGAGUCAGUAUCCCAAAUUCCAACUUCUUCUCCUUCUUUAGUAGAGCAAAACAACCACUCAGAUUAUGCACAAUCAAAUAUUCAACAUGUUGAACAACAAACACAACAAUAUCAACAACCAGCUCAGCAAGAUCUUGGACAAACGGCGUAUUUCCAACCAGAAGUUAAUACCCAAAACAAUUAUUCGGAGCAAGUUUCAGAACCCCAAAAUGAUUUCAAUAACGGUUUGGCAGCUGCUUUAGCUUCAAGACAAAAUAAAAUGAGAGUGGAAAGUGAUGAAGAAGUCGAAGAAUCCGACGAUGAGUGGUAA